GUCUUUUCCAAAGCUCAGGAUUUAUGUAACAAGGUUUCAGAACAUAAUUUCGUCCCAUAUUCGCAGACGCGUUUGCAACAGAUUACUCGAUCCUUUGGUGCCAAUAGUCAGAGUACGCAGCCAAGAAGACGAUCUAAAAGAACUGUAAUAAGCAGCAAUCCAUCUGCCGAUAUUCUGGAUGACAAAAUUACCUUAACUACUCUUUCAAAAAAUAGCCUCAUUAAACAACCAAGUAUGAGUACUAUCGGGGCGUCGGCCUCUUCUUCAACUCCAAAUUCUAUAAAUUAUACGAAACGUUUAGCUCCAGAAUUUGACCAUUCUGCGGGGAAAAUUACAUGUUUAAAUAGUAUUGAACGACACUCUUUCCAUCCCCAUACAACUUUUGCUGCUUCCUCUACAAGUACUCCAGCGGGUUCCGCCCUUACAGAAGCUCCAGCUACUCGUUCCGACAUGCCUAGGCUUCGUAGCAGUAGCUUUCGGGCAUCAAAUAUUGUUGAGAAUCAUGGAACGCCAUUAACCUCGGCUUCUCAGGGAGCGCGUAAACACUCUAGUCUGGUCAGUCAGCUUGGAAAGCAGGUUUAUAUUCCAAAGGACUCGGCCAGUACUCCUGGGCCUAGGACUAGGUCUCAGGUGGCUAAAGCAGCCGCUAGUUCGCGUCGCUCCUCUCGCUUGCUCGGUACUCAUCAUGCUUCACUUACUUUUGUUGCACAGAAUGUCAGUAACAAAGGCCAUGAAUUGGCUAAAUGCAACGACCUAUGUGUGAAUGAUCUUGCUCUUGGACAUCUGAGCAAUUCGAAAAAUCCAAACCCUUGUGGCCUCGCAAAAUCUUCUAUGCUUAACACUAGUUCUACUGCCCUGGCAUCCCAAGUGGGUCCAACAAUGUGCUGUUCUCCCGUGCUCACUGAGUCACUCAAUGGCAACAUCAAGUUACCCCCUCAGCAAUGGGAUCAGGUGAGGGAUGAAAGAAAUGUUGGCACUGUAAUAAUCUUGCGUAGUAUCGUGGAUCUUUUUAGGGCCUACAGAUGUGUUUAUUACCCUUCGACGGGUGUCAUCCAUCCUACAUAUCUUUACAUGGUCCACAAUUGA